GCCAAUCGCGCGAGCCUCGUGUGUGUAUCAUCUCGCGUAGAAUCUCAUCCUUGGCUCGCGUGAUCCAGCGUUGCUGGUGUGGAUCUCAGUAUGAAUCGCGACGGUGAGGUAUCCGCGACGAUGAGGAUCGUCGUGCUGUUGUUUCUAUGCGGUACAAUCGCCGGUAACAACGACACCAUUUACAACGAGAUCCCGGUCGAUGAAUCGGUGGAUUUACAAAAAACGGUGGAGGAGCACGAGUUCCCGAGUAACAAAACGUUGAACGAUCUCUUCAACGAUGCUGUUCAGGCCUAUCUCGAGGAGGACUGGGACAGCUGCAUCGACAACUUCAACCUGGUCUCGCACGGGUACAACGUUUACAAACGCACGAUGAUAAACUGUCGGCAAAAGUGCAGAACAGUGGCGGCCGGUGCAGCGCCGAUUUUCGCGGAGAACAUCGAGGACCUGCACUUCUACGAGAAGAAGAUCAAGGAAACGUUGUGUCUUCUCACGUGCAAUCGGGAAUACCGGGAGAUCGCUGGCGCGAAGGUUUUGAAAAGGCUACCAUUAGCCACCGAGUACAAAUUGAUGGACCUCAAGGUCUACGAGUACUUGCACAUCUGCUACUAUCAGACGAAGCGUUACCAAGAUGCUGCCAAUGCAAUUUACACGUACUUGGUCAGGCAUCCGGAUCACGCGACGAGUAUAACGACUUUGAAAAAUUAUCUGACGCUGCCCGGCGUCGCGGCGGAGAACGUCGUAAACCUAGAAGCACCGCCCUACCUCAGCGUCUACAUGAGAGCAGUGUCGGCUUACGAGGACGAGAAUUACGCGAAAGCGGCGAAUCUUUUCGAGGCGUCGUUGAAUUCCUACUUGGAUUACGAGGAGGAGUGCAGAUUCUACUGCGAGGCUCCCUUCGAUCAGGGCUGGCUCCCAGAGUUCACUACCUCCCUCGCCAACCACUUCACGCAUUGUCUGAAGUGCAAACGAUAUUGUUCCCUGCUACUGAACAACGUAAACGGUAACGAACAGAAGGACAUGCUCUGGAGCCACUACAAUUAUUUGCAGUUCUCCUAUUACAAACUGGGGAACUUGAAGGCAGCAUGUGCAGCCAUGGAGAGUUACUUGCUAUUCGAUCCGAACGACGAGCCUAUGCUUCAGAACAGGAAAUACUACAAUGACCAACCAAAAAUAGCAGACGAGCAUUGCCUCCCUAGACAGGAAGCUGUUAAGUACGGAAAACGACAGGAGUAUGAGUUACAUCUUCUGCAUUACAUUGCCAACGAGUUCGCGGUGAUAGACGCGAAGCUAAAGUCGACGAAGAAGCCGAAAAAAAAGUCGAAGACCGACGAGAGGAAAGAGACGAAACUGUCGAAGAAACUGACUUCUUUGAACACGCCACCUGGUCAUUCCUCGAUCUCUCGCAUGCAGUUGUUCGAGAAUGUGUCUAUGAUACGGGAGGAAGGACGCGCGAUACGCGACAGAAGGAUCCACGAGAUCAAGGACGACGUCUAUCUGGUGGCGGAUGAAAAAGAGCUCGAUGGACAGAAUCGCUACGUGGCUGAUGGAUUCCUCAACUCUACGGAGUGCGAUCUCUUGAUACAAUUGGCCUCGAUGACUGCAGUGGAAGGAGACGGGUACGACAAGUACAAAAGUCCGCACUCCAAGUACGAGCGAUUCGAGGGUAUAACGAUAGGGAGGAUCGCGCUGAUGGUAUAUAUCGGUAAAAUGGAAAUGGAGCCACUGAAACGGCUUCUGGCGAAGACAGAGGAGGCACGCAGCCACGUGGAAAGGUAUUUUGGACUAGAUCGACCACUGUAUAUCACCUACACCCAUUUGGUCUGCCGUACUGCUCUACCUGGUUCACCGAUGGAUCGUGACGACUUGAGUCACAUGGUCCACGCGGACAAUUGUAUAUUGGUGGACAAGGAUACUUGCGUACGCAAGAGUCCAGCCUAUGUGUGGAGAGAUUAUUCAGCGAUCCUCUACUUGAACAACGACUUCCAGGGCGGUGAGUUCUUCUUCACCAAGGAUCAAGCUGACCGUGAGUCAGACACCCUGGUUUUCCCACGUUGCGGUCGUAUGGUGGCAUUCUCUGCAGGCAGAGAGAACCUCCACGGUGUACGUGGUGUUCUUCGAGGGAAAAGAUGCGCGUUGGCUCUGUGGUUCACUCAGGAUGAACAGUACACAGAGUACGAGAGGAUCUUGGCUCGAGCCAUCUUAGAAAGAGUUGGUUCCAUUGGACCUCUCGAGGAUGAAGACAUUCAGUUGCCUCUAACAUAUGAGGACGUGCUGAUCCACUAUGCCAGCAACGAUGAAUUACUCUGGCAUUUCCUAAGCAACGCUUCAUGAUCUAGAAGAACCGUUGCAGAAGACGUUUAGUACUUCCAUUACAAGUUCCAGAUCUUUUAUAAGCGAAUAGUUAUUUAAAGAGUAAUAUAUUUGUUCUAUUGGACAUCAGGGACCUGAGAAGGCAGUUUCACAGAAACUAAACAUCCUACAAAGUACAUUCAAGAUUCCUCUGUUUAGUACAACUAUUUUUUCUUAAUUGUUGGUGGUGCUUCUGUUGCAUACAAAGUAUAGUCCUUCCACGAGAAGAAGCCACGACGUGUUUGAAUCCCCCCACUCUAGCUGCAGGCCGCUGAUUGGCUCUAACUGGGACCAAUAGCUGUGAGUCAGUGGACUGCAUCAGGAGUGGGGGAUGUAGACACUUUAUGCCUUCUUCUCGUUGAAGAAUGGUACGUGUACUAUUCUCUAUGAUGCAAACGGGGAUGGUAUGCAGGAUAGUAUGAAUUAGUCGCGGCUAUCGAACAGCUUUAUUUAUAUAAAAUAUCCUAAUCUUUAUUAGAACAUAGACAUUACAUGUCAACAGGCUUACAUAACCAUCCUAUGUAUCGUGUAACAUGUAUAUUGUAAUUUAUUUAUUCUCCUCGUCGUAUUUAUACUAUGUAUAAGAGUCAUAUGUAUAAUAUGCGGUUGCAUCGCGUCUCCCGUGUGAUUUCAAAUCCUGUACACGCUGCUUUUUUUUUUUAUGCAUAAUCGCGUGUCGUCGGAUCGUAUGUUGCGUGAGUGUGUGUAUCAGCGCUAUUGACACCCAAACUACCUGGGUACACGUGAGGCAGAAAACACACAGGUACCGUUGCGUUGGACACGACCCUAGUAAAAUCGAGCAUAGUCGAGUACGCGUAUUGAUCAAGUAUGAGAUUGACGACGAUUUGUUUACGACUAAUUAUUUUUAUUAAGCUUUAUAAAAAUGAUAAAUCUCAUAAUUGUACAAUAAUGUCGUAAUACACGUAUUCGACCGUGAUUCGAAACGGAUCGUACAUUGAUCGAGGCUCAUCGAGUAGAUUUUCAAAAUUGUACCUGUGUUAUUUUUGUUCUCUCAGGCACCUAACAGACAUUAGGCCCUAAGGUGUCUCAGGGACCCGAUAGAAAUCAAUAGCUCUAGGCGUACAUGCGUUGUCAUGUUUCUUUCUGUCGAGUGUAGAAUUUUCGUACUUUACAAUUGUACAUGUAAAAAGCGAAUCGCAUUAAUUAAUCUAUAUUCUCUGUUGAGCGCAUUCGGGGCUUGAAAACCAUUACAAUGUAGGGUUCAGGUUCUUGAAACAUUUUUAUCCAGCGUCGCAAAGAACCUAAAUCUUGGAUCGGUUCGAGUUAAAGUUUCUAUAUAAUAUAUAAUGCAAACAUUUAUUGUACCCAACGGUCGGAUUAGACGUUGAUUAUUCAUCAAGAUAUUUACACUAUACCUAUGUGAAAGCUGACGUAAGAACUUCAACUCGAACCGAUUAGUUUCAUUUUUAGAUUCCUCGUAACAGUUCCGACCAACGCUUUUCAGACAAUUAUUGUUAUUAGCGUAACUUUUUCAAGCCCUGGGUGAAUCGUACGCGUCGAUGGAUUAACGUGUUAACGUUAAUAAAAACCAUGAUGGUUGUGCUUACACAUUUCGUACCGUGAUCAUCGCGGGAUCAGCCGGGAAGAAAGUGAACGCGAUCAUUAACAUUAUUAUGUUUCGUUUACAAACAUUUAUUAUGAAAUUAUAGUGACAUCUGCGUAUCACAGGAGAGCUCAGUCGAUUUUUUUUUUUUUUUCUUCUUCCAGGAACCACUCCAUAAUAGUCGUGUUAGUAUCAUUCAUAUACGUGAAACGUCACCGCGAGACGAAGGACACAGUGCGUUUAUAUCCCCCACUCUUGCUACAGGCCGCUGAUUGGCUCUCACUGCGACCAAUAGCCGUGAGUCAGUGGACUGCAUCAGGAGUGGGGAUGUAAACACGUUGUGCCUUCUUCUCGUUGAAGAACGGUACGUUUACCGAAUAUACACCCCCUUUUGUUUGUUACUUUUUAGACCGACGAACCAUAUUAUGCUACAAUAUAAAUCCGAUCGAACCGCGUGUAAUCGAUGUUUGAAGAGAUCCAAUGAAACGUACCCAGCGAUUUAGCAACAUCGAAUGGAGUGGCCGCCAAAUUUCAUCAUCGUAUCGUUUUGAUGAUUUUUUUAUUUUUAUAUUGCUCAUCGUAGACCUUUUCGUUUCGUUUCUUUCUCUUUUACUCGAGUAAUAAAAAAAAAGAAAAAAUUGUAAAGUCAGUAAAAUACAGACGCGGUUUAGGGAACGCGUCGAACGGCAAACGUGUUCUCUUAAAAAUGUAAAAUCAUUGCGAUACAUCUCGACGAAUUCGCUACAAGUAUUGUUCGCCGUGUUCCGGUAACCAAAAGCAGUUCGCCCUUCUACGAACUAUUCGUUAAUAAUUAACAAGCAUAAUGCACUUUUAGAGCCAGAUAACGAAACACUUCGCAACGAAUACCGCAUGUAUACUCGUGUAUAGAUCCAGACAGACAUCUAUAGCUUCCUACGCUAUUUGUAUAAUGAAACAAAAAUGGUAAUAAUAGAUCCCUCGUGAAAUGUAAAAAUAAAAAAAAAGAAAUUUUUAUCGACACGCUAGGAAAUAAUUCGAUGUUCGAUCUUGAAUACAAAUCAAUUACAAAGAGAAUUCGUGAACUUGUUGGCGACAUCUAAAUCUGCGAAGGAAGCAUCGUGUGUGCUUGACUAUUAUAAUAAUAAUAAUAAUCGAGUUUCGUUUCAGACUUAUUCUUACAGAGUCAUUGCUUCGUUUUAUAUACACAUACACAUACAGGGUGUCAGGUCAGAUCUGGAAAAAAUUUUAACGGGGGAUUCUGGGGACCAAAAUAAGACGAAAAUCAAGAAUACUAAUUUCUCGAUGGAUGCUUCGUUGA